AUGCUUUUCCCUCUCGUUAGUGCGCUGUUAGUCCUGGUGCUGGUCAUCAAAAAAAUCUCCACGCGGUUACACAACCGCACUCAAUCGCGCCGCCAUGGCUGCCUCCCAACCCCACAGGAGAAACAUCUGGACCCUGUGCUGGGGCUCGACUCUCUCCGCAAGACGGUCAGGGCUGUGCGCGAGCACCGUCUGCUGACCUAUAUGCAGUCCCGCUUUCUUGAGAUGGGAUACACAUUCGAAUCGCGUACCCUGCGAAAUGAGGUGCUGCAUACCGCCGACCCCAAGAAUCUGCAGGCCAUUCUGGCCACCAACGCCAAAGACUUUUCCAUCGGGAAGCGUAGGGUGACGGCCUUCCAGCCGUUGCUCGGUCACGGCAUCUUUGCGGCCGAUGGGAAGCAGUGGGAAAAGUCGCGUGGCCUGCUCCGUCCGAGCUUCACCCGCGAUAACAUCGCGGAUCUAGACAUCUUCGAACGGCAUGUCGGCCAAUUACUCACCUGGAUCCCUGCAGAUGGCAAAACGGUGAAUCUGCAGGACCUUUUCUUCCGCAUGACUAUUGACUCUGCCACGGACUUUCUUUUUGGCCAGACGGUCGGGACUCUUCAGACCGAACGGUCCCCAGUUGCAACCCAAUUCUCUCACGACUACCACAAGGCCCAGGACGGCGUGAUCACUCGCGCACGACUGGGGUCGCUUAUUCACCUGCAGCCCAGUUUCAAACGCGAGUUUCAGCGAGCUGUCGCUGGAUCCAGGGCCUAUGUGCACCGAAUCGUGCAGGAAGCCGUCCAGGCCCAUAACAGGCCCGGCGAAAAGAAGGUCCAACCUCCGGACUGUUUUCUAACCCAACUGGUCGAGCUUACCAGCAAUGAGACCGAGAUCACUGACCAGCUACUCAAUGUCCUCCUUGCCGGUCGAGACACCACUGCCGGUCUGCUGUCGAUUCAAUUCCACAUCCUCGCCCGCCGACCAGACGUCUGGGCCAAGGUGCGGGAGAAUGUCUCCAGCCUGGAGGGCAGACAGCCAUCAUUCCGCGAACUGCGCGAUUUGAAAUAUGUGUCUUGGGUGAUUAACGAGACGCUCCGCCUCUACCCGAUUAUCCCCCGUAACGUCCGCAAGGCCGUCAACGACACCGUGCUUCCGACCGGUGGUGGCCCGGAUGGGCAGUCCCCUAUUUUCGUGUCUAAAGGCAUGAACGUCACAUUUGAUGUAUACACGCUCCACCGACGGCAGGACCUCUAUGGCCCCGAUGCGGCGGAAUACAAGCCUGAACGAUGGGAGAAUCUGCGGCCAGGGUGGAUGUAUCUGCCAUUCGGAGGUGGGCCGCGGAAAUGCAUCGGACAGCAAUUUGCACUGACACAAGUGGCCUACACGACCGUUCGGCUGGCGCAGAGAUUCGAACGGCUUGAGUCGAGAGACACCAGACCGUAUGAAGAGGAUCUGACCAUCACGCUGUCGAGUCGGUACGGCGCGCAGGUGGGGUGUUUUGCUGCGUAG